AUUUAAAACAGAGCGUUUCGACGAGGAGUAAAUUAAAAAUAGCACGUAAAAAUAUGUGCAUAUAAUCAUAUAUGCUGGAAAAAAUACUGUUUCUCUAAAUUAGGAGCCAUGUCUCUACAAGUUUAUUGAACGAAAUCGAGAAAAGAAAACUUAUAACCUUCAGAUCCAGAGAUCCUCUCGGUGUUAUAACCCUACCUUGGCGUUUCUUCAAGAGAGUUUCAAACCUAAUAUCCCAUGGAAGGAGGAGGAGGAGGUGGAGGAGGAGGAGGGGGUGAUGCUGCCUCUGCUAUGGCCCCUAUUGCUAAGUGGAAAAGCGAUUUCUCAAGGAUGUUUCAAUACUAUCUGGAUCGAUCAACCCCGCAUCCGAUGGAGAGAUGGCUUGGAACUCUUGCAGCCGCUGCGAUUUAUGUGUUGCGUGUUUACUAUAUUGAAGGAUUUUACAUUGUGACCUAUGGAUUAGGAAUCUAUAUUCUGAAUCUGUUAAUUGGAUUUCUGUCGCCAAAGAUUGAUCCGGAAUUUGAAGCCUUGGAUGGAGCUUCAUUGCCUACUAAAGGUUCAGAUGAGUUUAGGCCUUUUGUUCGCCGACUUCCUGAGUUCAAGUUCUGGUAUGCCAUCACAAAGGCUUUCUGCGUAGCUUUCCUUAUGACCUUUUUUUCUAUUUUUGAUGUCCCUGUUUUCUGGCCCAUAUUGCUCUGUUACUGGAUUGUUCUGUUUGUCCUCACCAUGAAGCGCCAAAUCAUGCACAUGAUUAAGUAUAAAUAUGUUCCAUUCAGCUUUGGGAAGCAGAGGUAUACCGGGAAAAAGCCUGCUGCUGGUAGCAGUGGUAUGCCAAGGGAUUGAGCCUCGUGAUAUAUCUUGACGAUUAGAGGAAAAUGGGAAUUGUGCAGCAACCUUAUUCUUGCACCUCUACUUUUUGUCUUACUGAAUUUUUUUAAUUUUUAGAUGGAACAAAUAUCAUGUUAAAUACAAAUGCAAAGUUCAUAUAUAUGCUGAAGAUUCCAUCUGCUUUGUAUUUAGAAUGACGUAGGGUUCUUGCCUUUUUCAUGGGGUGUAGCUUGCUUGCACCUUUUUUCCCUUGAAAAUAUAAUUCUUCAGUAGUAUUUGUUAAUUAA